AACCCACAAGAAAGAAGAACAAAACACAGAAACAAGACACAACAUAAAUAUUUUUACUUCUCAAAUUAAAAUCAACCAAAAAUCCAAUCUUUCAUUUGCUCAGAUAUUUUUGUAUCAUCUCAUCAUUCUUUCUCUCUGUACCUCGUUUUUCUUUCUUCUAUACGCACCGAACUUUUCACCCAAAGAUCUCUAUCUCUCUUUCUCUUUCCUAUCCACUCAUCUUUAAUCUUCUUCUUCAAACCCUAAUCAUCCCCACUUCCCUUUUUCCUCUGCAUUUUCAAAAUUCCCCCUUUUUUGAUCUUUCUUUUCUGGGUUUUUGAUGGGGUAACCUAGUUUUAAUUUCAAGGGGUUUUUGAGAAGAGGGAUACAAAAUGAUGGAGUGGGAUAGCAGCUCCUCUGAUGAUAGCGGAGAUGAAUUUGAAGGAUUUUUGCUUAAUGAUGGAGUUGGUUCUGUGCCUUUUCCUGUUCAAAAUCUCCUUCAAACGACGCCGUGUGGUUUUGUUGUUACUGAUGCUUUGGAAACUGACCAUCCUAUUAUUUAUGUUAAUACUGUUUUUGAGAUGGUUUCUGGAUAUCGAGCUGAAGAAGUUCUUGGUCGAAACUGUCGUUUUUUGCAAUGCAGAGGUCCAUUUGCUAAGAGAAGACAUCCUUUGGUGGACUCUGCUGUUGUUGCGGAAAUAAGGAGGUGCCUUGAGGAUGGGAUUGAGUUCCAAGGUGAAUUGUUAAAUUUUAGGAAAGAUGGCUCUCCUCUCAUGAACAGAUUGCGGCUGGUGCCUAUCUAUGGAGAUGAUGAAACCAUUACUCACUUUAUUGGAAUUCAGUUAUUCUCAGAAGCUAAUGUUGAUCUUGGUCCACUUCCUAGCUUUACAGCAAAAGAAUCCAUGAGGUCAUCUGAUCUAUAUCGUUCCAGUCUUUCAUCAUUUCAACCUUUUCAAUCUCGAGAGCGAAACAUGUGUUUUGAGGUUUGUGGGUUGUUUCAACUGAGUGAUGAAGUCCUUGCUUUGAAGAUAUUGUCACGGCUAACGCCAAGGGAUAUUGCUGCUGUGGGUUCUGUCUGCAGGCGGCUUUAUGAGCUAACAAGAAAUGAGGAUCUUUGGAGAAUGGUAUGUCAGAAUGCUUGGGGUAGUGAAACCACCCGCAUUCUUGAGACUGUUCCUGGGGCAAAGCGACUUGGGUGGGGCCGGCUGGCUAGAGAACUGACUACCCUUGAAGCAGCUGCAUGGAGGAAGGUGAUUGUUGGCGGUGCAGUGGAGCCAUCACGUUGCAACUUCAGUGCUUGUGCAGUCGGUAAUCGGGUUGUCUUGUUUGGUGGAGAGGGGGUUAACAUGCAGCCUAUGAAUGACACCUUUGUGUUGGAUCUAAAUUCUAAUAAUCCUGAGUGGCGGCAUGUCAAAGUGAGCUCUCCACCACCAGGUCGUUGGGGUCACACUCUCUCUUGCGUAAAUGAUUCAAAUCUGGUUGUUUUUGGUGGUUGUGGAACUCAAGGCCUGCUUAAUGAUGUUUUUGUCCUCGAUUUGGAUGCCAAGCAACCAACCUGGCGUGAAAUUUCUGGAUUGGCUCCUCCUCUUCCUAGAUCAUGGCACAGCUCUUGUACACUUGAUGGGACCAAAUUAAUCGUGUCGGGUGGAUGUGCAGAUUCAGGGGUACUGCUGAGCGACACCUUUCUUCUGGAUCUCUCAUUGGAUAAGCCCGUGUGGCGAGAAAUUCCAGCAGCUUGGUCUCCACCUUGUCGUCUUGGCCACUCAUUGUCAGUUUAUGGUGGGGAGAAAAUCUUGAUGUUUGGUGGUUUGGCUAAGAGUGGACCACUUCGCUUCCGUUCAAACGAUGUAUACACAAUGGACUUGAGUGAAGAAGAGCCAUGUUGGAGAUGUGUUACUGGAAGUGGGAUGCCAGGUGCUGGAAACCCUGGAGGCAUUGCUCCUCCUCCUCGGUUGGACCAUGUAGCUGUGAGCCUUCCAGGUGGUAGAAUUCUAGUGUUUGGUGGAUCAGUGGCUGGUCUGCAUUCUGCCUCACAUCUGUAUCUACUUGACCCUACUGAAGAGAAGCCAACGUGGAGGGUGCUAAAUGUACCCGGUCGACCCCCAAGAUUUGCUUGGGGACACAGCACUUGUGUCGUUGGGGGCACGAGAGCUAUAGUUCUUGGUGGUCAGACAGGAGAAGAUUGGAUGUUAACUGAGCUUUAUGAGCUAUCCUUAGCAAGUAAAGUUAAAAUUGAGGAUCUGCUAUAGGUAAAACAUCAGCAUCAUUUCUUCCUGGAAGUAAUAAAAGAUGAAGGAUUUGUCGUUGAUUAUACGUAUCUGUUCAACAGCCAAAUUUGCUGUUGUGCAGACUGCAGAUAGAAUUUGUCAUCGGCUGUGUCAGCCUCAGGUGGGUACUCUUGGGCGAGCUCUGGCUUUGCGUCUUUUGUCAGAUUGACUUCAUUCCAGGUUUUGAUUUUUGGGGUUUGUAUGAAGUUUCACUCUGAAAAUUUGUGAAUCAUUCUUCCACUUUUUACUGCAGAUCUUUUAGGUGGGUUAGUUCCUGUAGUGUAGGUUAUCACUUUGCUAUUCUUGUUCUAGAUCCUGUGUUUUUGUUUUCUCCUCCUGUUUGAGGUCUGUAGUAGCUGUCUAGGAUAAUGGGUAAAAAUAAAGGUUUAAAAAAAAAAAAAAAGGUAAGAUGGAAAGCGGGUUUGCAUGUAUAUAGACCCUGUAAUGUACUGCUUUUAGUAUGCAUCUGUAGUGAGAAAUACGCUUUUGCUCUCUAAUUAUCGUACAAAGAUCAAUCUCUCUUCAGGUUUAUACAUACUGCAACUGAGGAGGUUCUGAUGAGAAGCUGAAGCCGAAGCCCGGUUUUAUUACUGCAAUAGAUUGAUGUUACUAUAUAUUUUUGUUCUAUUUUACUGCUAAAAAUCUAUCUGAAGAGUUCUCUUUUCAUUCACA